CUGCAGAUCCUCGUCAUACGAGCCGUCGGCCUUCUCGCCUCCGAUCCCGACGGCUACAGCGAUCCCUUCGUGCAGCUCUCGCUGGGUCCCCUCGUCGCCCGGACGCAGGCGAAGCGGAGGACGCUGAACCCCUUCUGGAACGAGUCGUUUGUGCUCGAGUACGCCGACGACACCACCGAGCUCAAGGCUAAGAUCAUUGACCAGGACCCCUCUACCGAGCAGCCCAUCGGAGCCGUCACCUUCCCCCUCCUACGCCUCGUGGCUGGCGAGACGCUCUGCCAAUGGUUCCCCAUC